UGCUGUAGUUCAUCACAUGGCUGUGAAAACCAUAGAGAACAUCUCUGCAACUGUGUCAGGUCUUUCCCAUCGCCUGGCUACCACAGAGACUGGCUCUGCCCUGUGGUACCUGUUCACCCACUCCACUGUGGAGGCUGUUCGAGUCGCAGCCAUCUCUUCUCUUUCAAAGCUAACCAGGUUGGAUCCAGCAGUCUUCUUGUCAGUGAUUGACACCUGCGGCCCCACAGCCAUCUUGGAGGGUGUAGGUGGAGCAGGGGCCAGGGUGCAGCAGCACCUGCUGACUGCUGUGGCCACAGCAUUACUCACCUCACACAUCCAAACGCACCACAUCACACAGAAUCGGGAUUUGGUGUUGAAGGUGCUGCGAUAUCUAGAGAGCCCGUCUACUGUAACAAGAGCCAAAGCAUUGCUGCUGCUGGUGCUGCUAAUAAAGGACAACACAAAUACUCUGGUUUACUGCUGUCAGCACAGGUAA